GUGGUCACAGUGAACUCCAAACGGCGUUUGAAAACAUGGAGCCUGACCUCAAGCAGCAACUAGCCAAGCAAACUAUCAACUUCUGCUUCAAUCCCCCACACUCUCCUCAUUUCGGAGGAGCCUGGGAAAGGGAAAUCAGAGCAGUGAAGUCAGCUCUGCAAGUAGUCCUGAAGGACCAAGUUGUGGCCGAAGAAGUCCUACUCACAGCCCUCAUAGAGAUUGAGGGCAUUUUGAACUCAAAACCACUCGGCUAUGCAUCAGCUGACAUAGCUGACCCAGAUCCCAUCACACCAAAUCUUCUCUUGAUGGGGCGGCAUGAUUCAGCACUGCCCCAGGCAGUUUACGGCCCCUCAGGUACUCUUUCAACCAGAAGAUGGAGACACAGUCAGGUCAUCAGCGACCACUUCUGGAAGCGGUUCAUACAGAACUAUCUCCCAGGACUGCAACUCCGACAGAAAUGGAGGAAGUCCACUGACAACAUGGCCGUGGGACAAGCUGUUAUGAUUGUGGACGCUAAUCUGCCUAGAGGCCUUUGGCCUGUGGGUACCAUUUCCCAAGUUUUUCCAGGGACUGAUGGCAUUGUCCGAGCUGCCGAAGUCAAGGUUAAAGACAGUAUCUAUGUUCGCCCGGUAACUAAGCUGGUGGAACUUCCCAAAGUUCCUGAGGACUCAGAUGAUACUGUUUCAAAAUAGAAGGACUUUAGCAUGUGUGUAUUUCCAUAUAAAUACAGGGGCGGCUGUUAAAAGUCCGCUUGGUCACUUUAACUGUUUAGACUACGUUACCCAUGAUGCACCUCGGUAUCUGUACUUCCGGUUGGGAACGUGUUCAGCGCAGUUCUGCACAGAUGAGAGGUGUGUCGGAGGUGUCAGAGGAUUAACGUUUUUCCUUGCAUUCCUGUGUGUGUUAACCCUGUGUGCUUGCUUAUCAUGAUAAAGCAGUGUCAUCCAGGCCUGUCAGAGGAGCACAGAGGACCAGGCAAGGCGUGUUUAUCUGUCAGACAGAAACAGGAAGCAACGAGGAGCAGUGCCACAGUUCAAGGCUACAGAGGCGGUUUCAUUUUCUUAUAGCAUUCAAGCUCGGCACACACCUGCACAAAGACAGGCAGACUGGAUUUCACAGCUUGUCAUGGACUUUGUAGAUCCCAUCCUGUCCAUCGCCUCACAGAUCUAUGACCUGGUUGAGAAUGUGAAGGCCAAUAAAAAGCGCUGCCGACGUGUUUGUAACCGAGUCAAAGCCUUGGAGGAGCUGGUGAAGUCCAUCAAACAGACGUCUCCAGAGGUAGAGAAAGCUCUGAGAGAACUGUCCGUCACUCUUCAAUCAGCACAGGAACUUAUCAGAAAAUAUGCCUCAGCCAAUUUGGUGGAACGCAUCCUAAACUCCAGCAACCAUGGAGACGAGUUCAACAGUGUGAACGAACGGCUCAACGAUGCCUUCCAGGUGCUGUCUGGAGCUUUGCAGGUGGAGCAGGGGAACAUGCUGUAUGAGGUAUUUAAACAGACGACCAGAGAGAAAGAAGAUCAGUUGGAUGGGAGGGAGGACGACGCAGAACUGAAGACAUUGCUCCUGGACUACAUGAAGGAUCAGCAAGAGAAAACCAACACCAUGCUGAAACAGUUUGAGCAUCUUAAAGUCAACGUGGAAAAAGUCGUGGAGAUGUUGAAUAAGCCCAGCAUCACUAGUGUGGACAUCCGAAUGAUUAAACCACAGGAGCUAAAGUAUGAACAUCCCAAAAAGCCCUUCAUGAAAACAGUAACCUCAGAGGUCUACAAAGGAGAAUAUCAUGGAUUCACAGUUGCCAUCAAGAGAUACAUCGACCCUGUAAACACCAACCCAGGAAAGGUGCAGUCCAUUUUCAACAAAGAAGUCGACACCAUGAAGAGAUUUGAGUCGCCCAACAUCCUGCGAAUGUUUGGUAUCAGUAUCCUGGGUGAGAAUGGACCCAACCCUCAGUUCUUCAUCAUCAUGGAGUACUGCGAGAAAGGAAGUCUUCGUCAGGUUCUGGACUCUGACUGCAGGCUGUCCUGGAUCAGGAAAGCUCGUAUGUGUUUGGAUGCAGCACAAGGACUCUAUCGACUACACAAUACAGAAGAAAAAUCUAAGGUACACGGGUGCAUCAACAGCAGCAAGUUCUUGGUGGCUGAAGGCUACACCGUCAAGCUCGGAGGUUUUGAGCUGGCAAAAACAGAGACGUCACUGAAAAAGGUGAAGAAAUCUACAAAGGACGACGCAAUCAGGUCCCUGUGCUACUACUCUCCCGAGAGGCUCAACAACAUCAACCACCCUUACAGCAAAGAGUGUGAGAUGUACAGCUUUGGAAUCGUCCUGUGGGAAGUCGCAACCCGUAAGAAACCCUUUGAAGGUUUUUCAGAUGCAGAAAUUUAUAAGAAGGUGGUUGAAGAGAAGUGCAAAGAGCCGUUUCCCGAUGACUGUCCUGCAGAACUGGGGCAGCUAAUAAACGAGUGCCGAGACUUCGAUAGCUUCCAGAGGCCUUCAGCUGGAGUACUGGUGGAUAGACUGCGCAGUGUGGUGGCACAGUUAGAGGACCAAUGAAACUCUUCAUCUGCCUUUCUGCUGGCCAGGCUCAUCCUCAGGGGAGGAAAUGCAGCUUUGAAUAAAACUGGACUUUAACUUGUGGGCCCCUAAAUUGUAUUUAUAUUCUACAUGCAAACCAUCUCAUUUGGUUUUAGAUUAAGUGACUGUGGACAGCAGAGGCAGAUCAGUCCAAAGUCAUUUUGUUUCUUGGUCUACGUACUUUUCUUUUUAUGGGUUUCAGCACUGGUUUCUGUGCAGACAAAAACUGUUGUCUCGGACUCCCGGACCAUCAGCACCGGCUCCCCUCAGGGCUCUGUUCUUUCUCCUCUGCUCUUCUCCCUGGACACCAACUGCUGCACCUCCAACCACCAGUCUGUCACACUAAUUAAGUUUGCAGAUGACACCACUGUUAUCGGACUCAUCUUGGACGGGGAUGAGACUGCCUACAGGAUGGAGGUUGAACGUCUGGUGUCCUGGUGCAGCCACAACAACUUGGUGGUGAACGCCCAGAAGACCGUGGAGAGACUGCAGCGUGUUGUGCGCUCUGCUGAGAAGGUGAUUGGCUUCAGACUCCCAUCUCUGCACCUGUACACCUGCAGGACACUGGGGCAUGCAGCUCGGAUCACAGUCUGAUGGACCUGCUCCCCUCAGGCAGGAGGCUCCGGUCCAUUCGCACCAGAACCUCUCGCCAUAAGAACACUUUCUUCCCCUCUGCUGUUGGACUCAUGAACAAUAACCAUAAGACUGUUCCCACCACAAUCACAUGACCCUAUACUGUGUUCUCUCCAUUUUUGCACUGAUCAUCACCUGCGUUCAUGUACAUAUCAAUCUGCUAAGCGCUUUUUAUUUAAGUGUUUGUCUUAUAGUAUGUUUUGCACAGAGUACCGCAGCAAUUUCCUAAUGUUGUAAAUCUGCUCAACAUCUGGCAAUAAACCCUUUCUGAUUCUGA